CCUAAUUUUUCCAUUCUUAUUUUUUCCUAAGUGAAACUUUUGUUUUCAUUGAAUUAUGUUUAUGAUAAUCUUCUGAUAUACUUCAUAUUUCAAUAAUAAGGUAGAAAUAGAAUUAGUUUCGUUGAAAAAUUUACAAAGAUGAAAUUAGGAGAGGAAUUAAUUCAGUUUUUGUUGAGAAACUGUAAUUCAAUCUCUCACUUUAAACAAAUUCAUGCCCAUAUUCUACGGUUAAAUCUCCAAGAAGAUUUCUUGACUGUAAAUUUCUUCAAUGAUUCAAUCAGAGCUUUGUCUAAAACCCCAUCACUUUGUGUUGAAUCUUUGCAUUUGUACCUUGGAAUGGUCCGUUGUGAUAUCAAACCCGACAAUUAUACGUACCCUUUUCUAUUGAACUCGUGUGCUGCUUUAUCGGGUUUUAAUCAUGGAGCUGAGGUUCAUGGCCGCGUUGUGAAAACUGGGUAUUGUUCUUUCCUGGAGGUAUUUAAUGCUUUGAUUGAUAUGUAUGGGAAAUGUAGUGAAUUGGGUUGUUCGCGCAAGGCGUUUGAUGAAAUGGCUCAGAGAGAUGUAGUGUCUUAUAAUGCUCUUUUGGGAGCACAUGCUAGAGUUGGGAAAGACAUGAGGGGUGCUCGGAUGGUUUUUGAUCAAAUGCCUGUGAGGAAUCUAAUUUCUUGGAAUGCCAUGGUUGUGGGUUAUGUGAAUAGUGGUGAUUUGGAUUCGGCUCGUACUGUUUUUGAUCAUAUGUCUGAGAAGAAUGUUGUUACUUGGACGACAAUGCUAGUGGGGUAUACGAAAAAUAAGAUGAUGGAUGUGGCUAGAAUCCUUUUUGAGGCGAUGCCUCAGAAGACUUUAGUUUGUUGGACUGCUAUGAUAUCUGGGUAUGCUCAAAAUGGACGACCGAAUGAGGCAUUGUUGUAUUUUCGUAGAAUGCAAACUGCAAAUGUUAAGCCUGAUGCUUUUGCCAUGAAUGCUGUAAUCUCUGCGUUAGCACAGUUAGGGCGUCCUGAUCUGGCAAAUUGGAUCAUGACUCUAGUGGAUCAGGAAGGAAUUGUCCGGAAUGAGAAAGUCCUUACUUCCCUUGUUGACAUGCAAGCUAAAUGUGGCAACAUUGAAGAAGCAUGUAGGUUGUUUGAGGAGAUUCCUCAGCCAGAUGUAUACCCUUAUAGUGCAUUGAUUACAGGUCUUGCUUCCCAUGGGCAUGGCCUCAAAGCACUUGAGGUUUUUCACAGUAUGUUGAUGGCAAAGGUAGAACCUGAUUAUGUAACUUUUGUUGGUGUGUUUAAUGCAUGUAGCCAUGCAGGACUUGUUGAAGAUGGUUUAGCAUAUUGGGAGAGCAUGAUAAGUGAUUACAAAAUUGAGCCAGAUGCAGACCAUUAUGCAUGCAUAGUUGAUAUGCUUGGGCGUGCUGGGAGACUUGAACAAGCAUAUAAGAUGCUCCAGAGUAUGCCAAUGGGUCCUCGCCCUGGAGCUUUAGGUGCCCUGCUUGCUGCUUGUCGAACUUAUAACAAUAUUGAAAUUGCAGAACUUGUGGCUCAGGAACUGUUUAUUUUGGAACCUCAGAAUACUGGCAACUAUGUGCUGCUUUCUGGUAUCUAUGCUGCAAGAGAGCAAUGGGAUGAGGCAACACGUGUUCGGAAAGCUAUGAAUGACAAAAUCACGAGUAAACCACCUGGUUAUAGUUGGGUAGACAGGGAAAAGGUGGAGGCCCAGUGAAGAGAGCAUUUGGUGGAUGAGCUAAACUGCAAAACUGGGGUUAUCUAAACCGUAGUUACUGAUAUAUGCAUAUGUGGUGCUUUGAGUUUUUGUCUCCUCUCCAUGUAUAUGAAUAUUGGUCUUCCUCUUGAUCAUGGGGAAGGAUGUCUUGGGUAAUAAAUAGUUAGCCUUUUUCCUUGAUAACAAUUUUGGUCUUCCAAGAAGAAUCAUGUUUGGAAGAUGAAUGCAACAAACAUGCGUAGGUUUAGGUGGAGAUCAGGUAGCGCAUGAAAGGUUGGAAUUUGCAGAGAAGAGAUCUGGAGUAAUGUUGGAGUGGCAGCUAUGAAGAAUAACCAUAUGUUUCAAUGGAAGCAGCAAUAUCGACGGACAUAUCCUGAUGAAUUCUAUAAGAAAUACGAAUCUCGGGGGAAAGGUGAUUAUCAAAUAGAUUACAAACCAGGUUCACGGGUCACUGAAGCUGACAAAAGUAAUGACAAAAGGUAUUGCAAGGUGUUUCUUUUAUACUCCAAGGCAUUUUUAUGCCACUAAUUAUCUGAUGUAAGAUCCAGUCCGAUAGCCUAGCAAAACAAAUGCCUUGGGUAUAGCCUCUUUGUCAUUGCCAUGGUUAGGCUACAACAGCCGACCCCCUCCCCAUUUUGUCACGAGCAAGAGCCUCUUUGGAGGCAUUAGGGAUUUAGGGUCAUGUUUCUGUUGAUUUUUCGAAUUCUAUCGAUCCAACAAUGAUUACUCAUCUUUCUGAAGGUCAUUGCAGAGGGCACUUGAUCGGAGGCUCUUUCUUCUUCUUCAUUGGACUUCUUAUGGCUCUCCUGAUGAGAAGCCUGUUUGGCAUUUUCCAGAAAAGGUUUAUGAGAAUGAGGAGACGCCACGAAAGUGUGCGGAGUCCGCUCUAUAAUCCGUCCUAGGUGACCUUUCACACACAUUUUUUGUUGGAAAUGCACCCAUGGGCCAUAUGGCUGUACACACAGCUGACAAACCAGAUUUAUUGAAGAGAUUCCUCUUUGAAUUGCAAGUAAUUGCGACGAACAAGUUUAACAAAUCAUUAUUAGUUAGUUGAAUGUGGUUUGGGUGACCAAGAAUGAACUACUGGAGUAUUUCCCUGACCAAGCCGAGUACUUGAAGCAGAUGAUUAUUAGUUAUUUGAAUGGUGAUUACCGAAGAUAAACAAAUCAUUUGCAACCCGAUAGUCCUCAAAUACUGGAGUUUGUAUUCUGAUCACUAUGAGUAUGGAAUUCCUGCUAUAUUUUGAGGCAGCAGAGGAAUUAAGCUGGUACAAAUUUUGAAGUGCAACCAGCUUUCAGGCAUGCUGUUAAAGUCUAGAAUGAAGUUGUUACGACGAAUUUGAUUGGGAGGUCCAAUGGCAAAAAGAAGGAGAUUCAUUAGCUCGUUAUUUAAUACGAAUUGGUGAAAUCCAAUUUUUUUAGAACGAGUUGAGAACGUAGGCAUUAUUGGCGGAGAAGAAGCACUAAAUUGGGGUUUAUCAGGGCCAAUGCUACGAGCUUCGGGAAUAGAAUGGGAUCUCAUUUAUUGACAGAGGCUUGUGAAUUUUGUUAGUUGUCAGAGUUGAAUAGUUGAUGCUUCUUGUAACUUCCUAUAUAAGAAUGACAUAUCGAUCUUAUGUUUUUUGGUUCUAUGUUUUUUAUUUCAACCAUCUACAGUUCACACAUACUUUCAUCAUCUUGAAUUAUUUAUGUGUAAGGAGAACAUACUCAUGUCAUGUUGGUAUCUUGUUAGAUUCGUUUCAACUUUCAAUAUAUAUAUUUAGAUUCCAACUUUAUAA